UCCCAACCCUAGAAUCGCUGUUUUUCCUCUCGCUCCUCCUGUGGGCGGCGCCGCCGCUGCGCACAUAACACAUCCUCGCCAGCGUAGCUUCUCCGGCGUCCGGCCAACGCGCUCACUAGCCUCCCGCCUUCCUCCACAUCUCCUCGCCUCCACCCCAUCCAGUUCGUGCCAUUCGCUGCUCCAAGACAAGGGCAUGGCGCUCGGCGGCUGCGGCAACGAAGCUGAUGGUGCACGAGCCAACCAUGAAGGCAGUAGCACGGGGCAGCGACAGCAGCAUGGAGGGCGUCCUCUUGUUUGGGAAGGUAAUGGAACUGCAAAUAGGAGUGGCAGCGGCGACCAGGAUGCAAAUGGAAGUGGUUCUAUUGUUUUUCAGCUGCUGUCCUUGACCCAUAUACACAUUACAAGCUGAACCUUUGCAACCACACAAAUUAUGCCACUUCACUAACAGAUGCGAUAGUGAAGAUAUUAGACGCAGUGAGUGCUCUUUCAGCCAUUGAUGAAGUGAGCAAGUUCAGGGAGUGCCAAGGGAGGUUUGGGACCAGAUUGGCAGAAGAAGCUGCGGCGAGAAUGGGGCCAACCCAAUGGUGGUUUCAGUUUGGAGGGGAUGUUCCUGCAUUGCAGAAAUGUGCAAUGAGAAUUUGCUCACAAUGUGUCUCCUCUAGUGGGUGUGAGAGAAAUUGGAGCGCUUUUGCUUUGGUGCACACAAAGCAAAGAAGUCGUCUUCUAUAUGACAAGGUCCACAAGCUAGUUUCUGUACGCUACAACUUAAAGAUACGUGCUGAAGAAGAUCAAGAGAAAGAGAGAGAUAUAGAUAAAGAAAUUGAUCCAAGUGCAUUGCUAAUGGAUACCACAAUGUUUGAUGAAACAAACCCAAUAAUGGAGUGGCUGAAUGAGGAUGUAGAGGAUCCGAUUGUGGAUGGAGCUGAUGCAGCUAGUGCUGUUUUUGAGCAAAUAAGGCGCCUCAACUCAAGCAGGAAGGCGUCUUAUGUUGGUUCAAAGGGUAAUAACAAGAAAAGAAAGAGGAAUGAUGAUGAUGAGAAUGAGUUUCUUGAAACUGAGAGUGAGGAUGAUGAAGAAGAGAAUGAAUAUGUUGAUAAUGACAUCGAGGAUGAUGAUGGGGUGAGUGAGGAUGAUGAGGAUGGUGAACAAGAUCAGCUAGAGACACAAAUGCAACUUGAAGAAGAGACACAAGUACAAGUUCAAAAGGAGGCACCAACAAGCACUGGCCAUUUGGAGACUAGAUCUGGACGACUUAUUAGGAAGAAGACCAAGAACGUCAACAGCCUCUACUCGUAAAUUUGAAAUGGCACGUGAGCAAAGGAUAUCAAGAAGCUUUUGGAUGUUGGGAAGCUUGGAGCUGAUGCUUCAAAUAAGCUGAUGGUUGUCUUUUGGAGAUGUUUCUAUGUUUAAUGCUUUAAAGUCUUUUGGCUGUACUGGACUAUUUAAACUUUGAACUAUGCUGUGAUGGUUGAACUGAUGCUGGACGGUUAAGGGUUUAUGUUAGAGGCAACUUUAUAACUAAUGUGUGCCUGUUAUGUUGGACUGUUAAGGGUUAUGUUGGAGGCAAUUUUAUAACUAAUGUGUGUCUGCUAUGUUGGAUUGUUAACUGUUAUGUUGGAGGCAACAUUAUAGCUAACGUGUGCCUGUUAUGUUGGGCAGAUUCAAUUUUCUUAA